GUGAUUGCUGCGCCGGUGAAUUUUCGACCUCUCACUGCGCCUGCGCAAAUGCCGAUGCUCUGUCAUUGACAAAAAGGCUCGCGUUGGUCCUGUUUCCGAGUCAUCAUCUGGUGGAGCGCGGCUGAAACGUUCAUCAGUGAUUAUCCUACAGGAUCGCCUCUGGGUUACCAUGACAUCACGGCCGGGAGCAAGAGCCACUGGAUCUUCAGGAACAAGAUCAGAUGGGAAUGACUUUAAACCAAAGGAGAAAGUGGGACCAUCCCACUACCAGAUGAGCGCCUCUUUCAGGUCUGAGAUUAAGACACUGACCAUAGUGCAGCUGCUGAUCUGGGUACUGGUGGCGACCCAGGUCGCCGUGACGCACCUCAACCUCGUCUCCCCCGACUUGGUGGCCGCGCCCUACCAGUGGGAGUACCCUUACCUGCUCAGCCUCAUCCCCUCGUUGGUAGGCGCUCUGGCGUUGCCUAGGAACAACAUCAGCUACCUGGUGAUCAGCAUGAUCAGCUCGGGGCUGUUCUCCGUGGCGCCCCUCAUCUUCGGCGCCAUGGAGAUGUUCCCGGUGGCGCAGCAGCUGUACCGCCACGGCAAGGCGUACCGCUUCAUCUUCGGCUUCUCGGCGGUGUCGGUGAUGUACCUGGUGAUGGUGGUCGCCGUGCAGGUGCACGCCUGGCACCUCUACUACUGCAAGAAGCUGCUGGACGCCUGGUUCGACUCCACCCAGGAGAAGAAGAAGAAGUGAGGGCGGACGGACUGGAGGGGCUGGGUGGAUGGGUGGAUGGAUGGAUGAGGAGGUGGACUGGAGAACUGGAAGAUUAAGCUGCCGCCACUACUGCUGUUUUCUCUCUUUUUCAAUGUAUUUUCUCUGUUUUUUCU